AGAUAGUUAUGAUAGAAGAAGCCAUGAGUGAAGAAAUGGAAGAAAAGAAGAAACUAGCAGAUUUUGUAAAAUCUGUUCAUCGGGAUCUUAGAAAAAAGCUCAAAUCAGGAGAGAAAAGUAUUGGAAACAUAUGGAAAGACCAUUGUAAAAACACAGAGGUAUUGCAAGAUUAUGCAUCGGCAAUGCAGAAACUCGCCACGGUGCACUGGGGACCUCAGCAAUUGGAACGGAUCCAAUGGUGCAGAAAGACAUUGCUAGAGUACUUCAAAAGUGGUGGAUUGAAGAAAUGCAUUGAGAAAGAUUACAAAAGACUCAAAAGGUACCGUGCUCUAAAUGUUUGUAAUAUAAAACUCAAAAGGUACCAUGCUAUAAUGGUUCAUAACAAAGGACUCAAAGGUACCAUGCUUUAA